AUGUCCGAUCCGAGUGUCAGCGAGCGAAGGAUACGGCCGAUUCAAGACGCCGUUGCGAGCGCGAAUUGGAAGCAGGCACUGCAACUCUGCGACAAAUGGUUCAAGAAGGGUGAACGGUCGGACAGGUUUCUGGCCUUGAAAGCUUUUGUACUUGUCAAUCAACCCGACAAAACUCAACAUGACCGAGGGCAAGAGGAGGUUUUUGACCUCUGCAAGCGUAACCCACCUAUUACCGAACCAGAAGCCAUCUACCAACUCCAACAUGCACUCAGAAGUCUGGAGAUACACGACGAAGAGAGCCCCAAGCUGUGGGAGAGAGCACUUAGUGCCAAAAGGGAUGACAAGGACUUGUACAUGAGGUGGCUCAAUCAAGCGGUUGCGGACAAUAAUUGGAAGAGUGCUCAAAAGGCCACCAUGGGUCUGCGAAAUUCCUUCUCCAAGGAAAGAGACUACGAGUUUUGGAACAUCCUCAUGUGCCAUCUGAUACACAUGCAACAAGACCUCCCGGACAAGGACCGCACCUUGUUUGGGACCCUUGCGUAUCGCAUGAUAUCCAAGGCCGCCGAGGCAAUACCCAAGAAUGAGGAGCCAGCAUCAGCUUCCGGAAAGGCAAUCUCGGAACCCGAGGAGAUUGCGUUAUUGGCACAGGUCUUCAACUCCACGGGCCGCGUGGGAGAGACAGUCAAGCUUUUGCAGGGACAGUCGCUGAACAUGGAAUCUCGAGUUGGUAAAAAGGACCCUCAAUUGGUCCUGUCUCUGCUGCUCGAGUCUUUGGAGGCUUCAGGCCAGUGGGACGAGGCUUUCAACGUGUGCCACGAUCUGCUGUCCCAUCCCGAGCACCAGGCAGAUGAUCGGAUAUGGAACCUGUGGCUCACAUCACGCUCGAAAUUGUCGGGAGCUGAUGGGCUAGAAACAAAAUCCAAAGAGCUUCUUGAAUCCGUUUGUACCGUCAGGCCAAUUAUCCGUGCUGCUUACCUCGCAAAGCUGAAUCUUCAGCAAAGCCAGGACGAUGGAGCCGAGCAGGAUGGUCUACUGCAAACUUGCAAGGAGUAUUUUGAAGCGUUUUGCUCCAAAGGGUUUUGCUUCGAUGAUCUAAAGGGGCCUCUUCGACGGCUUGACAAGCCUCAUUUCGACCAGUUUCAGCAAAUAGUCUCUGGCCACGAAGGGAGUCUAGCACGACUAUUCGACCUCAAGCUUGCGUACAGCACACUUCCACCUGACGCUUCGGAAGACCAUCUUCUCGAUUUCGCACUCCGAGCAUUGCAUUUAUAUCAGUCAUCCCUGUCCGAAAGCCCCCCGUGUCCAGAGGCAGCCCUCCUCGCAGUUCUAGCAAUCCUCCGACUUGCUCGUAGCAAAAGCUCGCCUUCAACGGUCUUCUUUGCUGUCAUACUUCUCCAGAUCGCCCGCUCAAAAUUCGAAGAUUAUUAUAUCCUGACAAUCCUGCUUGUUCAGCUCCAGUCUCAUCUCGGACUGCUCUCUUUGGGGAUGGAGAGCUUUGUGAGACUCAGCGUCAAGAAUCUCCAGUGGGAAACAGUGGGACAUUUGAUCCUCACGAGAAUAUCGUCAUUGCACCCAGCGGCCUCUGGCGUGGAGAUGCAGCAGAAUCUCGAACCUCUUUUGGCCCUUGAAACGGGAUUGACAGUUCUUGAGAAUGCGGAUAAUGCUUUGGUGCGAGGGAUUCGCGAAGGGUUGAGAUUCAACAGCUACUCAAACAUCUACAACAGCGUCAAGAUGCGGUCCGAGAUUGAGAGGAGCAUGAACAAGCAAAUUUAUGCCAUUGAAGAACGGAAAAUCCGACGGUGGCGAGGAGAGCCUGAUGACCACACGGUCUUGCCUCUGACAGACCCUUCGAAACCGCUCGUUGACAAGCGGGACUUUGGCUAUAUGCCGAGCUAUCGCGAAGACGAUGGUCAAUUGCUAGCCAGCUUUGGAUGCGGACCUCUCCCGAAAGAAAGAUGGAUUCACUCCAUGGCGCUGUUUGAUACCAUAGCCACCUACCUCAAGGCGGAAACGGUGUCGCAGUCUUCCCUGGCAGCCACGGCGUACGAGAAUUUGAAAGCGGCGCAACAGUGUAUAUUAUCCUGGCCCGCUACAGACGAUUUGUCAGUGGAAAUGACAAAAAUUGAACUAAACAAUCUAGAAUGCCACAAGAUUCUCGCCCAGGCAAUAACGCUGUUCAAAGAAGGAAGCGUCAGCACGGCUUCUACAAAGACUCUUCCAGAUCUCCUCUCGGAUCUGAAAACCUGGCUUUCUUCCGCCCUCGCCAGCCGCCGGGACGGUCCCGCUGGAUCGAGCGUCGGAGGAAUCCGCGUGCCAACAUGGACAGACCUGCACGGGAGCUUCACCCAACUCGAGACGUUGCAGGUCAUUGCCAACCUCACUUCCCUCGUGUCUAAGAAGGCGCAGAAGCCGGCAAAGUCCUCAAAGGCCGCUUCAAGCUCGGUUUCUAAGGAGAUGAUCUCGGAGAUACAGUCUCUCGUGACGGACCUCGAGGCCAAGAUCCUUGCGGACGCCAGGGAUCUGAGAGAGGCCAUCAACGAGCCCGGCGUGCUGGGGAAGCUGGUUGACCUGGGCAUGGCGCGACGCGGCAGCGACAGCGGCGCUCAGGGGAGUGAUGACGCACCCCUCCCCGUUGGUGAGAAGUGGGAGAAUCUGCUCGAAAGUCUCUGUGACGAAGUCACCAUGGAGACCAUCUGUGGAGCGAUCAAGGACAGUUGGAAUGAUGCCCUCGAUGGUGUUUUGGGUGGGAAGGGCAAGAUUCGGAUCGGGAAGUAA